AUGAUUGAUAGCCUUGGUAAGAAGAACGAACUGGACUCGCGUUACUAUGCUGGAGGUGCUUCAUCGUUCUUCAACAUCGGUAAUCUUGCUGCUGCCAUUGAGUCAUGCCAUGACAUUAUGGGUGUCACUCCCGUGGCUCAGGAACACGUUCGAUGGGAUCCGACGCCAUUUGGAUGGGCUCCACGACCAGAAGCCGCACUAGUGUUGGGCCGAAGUCGCGCCGUCAUCUACCCUGAUCUUCUACCUGGGGUGCAACCAGACCUCUUCGAUUUCAAUCACCAGUUCUUCACUGCUGGAGAAGAUUUACUUCUGGCUCACGCUCUAAUUAUAUUGGGUGCAGAGAAUGCUUUUACCUUGCAAAACGAUAGCGCAGAUACGUAG